AUGUCUACCUAUUAACCAAUGUAGUAGAACUUCCAAAGCCAAAAAAGUAGACAUAAAUGUGAAUUGACAUUAUUUGCACAAUAAACGAUGGAAGCAGUAAAGAAGGCAAGAGAACGAUUUAGAAAGUAUCCAGUUGUUAUUGCACAGUGCCAUGAAUCUGGAUCUAAGUACGCCGCAUGUGUAUUGGCAAAGUCUAACUUGAAGAAAAAUGAUUGUGAAAGUGAAUUUAAGGAAUUUAAGGCAUGUUUAACGAAAGUUGCUGCAAAAAACAAUAUAAAACUGUAAAGAAAAAAAGAAUGUUAAAAAUAUUUGUUUCGUAAGUAGUAUA